AGGCGGCAGAUGUAGUAUUGGAGAUGUUCAAGACAAUCCCAAAUCUACAUCAUCAUGCCAUGGUUUCCUCGUUCUUCCCCAACAUCAUAUACAGGGUCCGGAAGGAGGAUCCUCAGAUUGCAUGCUCAAUGGCAUACCGGCCAUGGUUCUUCAGCCACAGUGUGUUCACGGGGCAGCGGGGACCUAGCAGCCCACGCUUCAGGCAUUUCAAGCACAUCCUUGCUGUGGGUCUGGAUCUCAUCAUGCAUUGGGCUUUCAUGCACCUUCUGGCUGACUUCCUGGGUCUCUCUGCUGUUCUUCUCCACAAGGAUUCCCUUCAU